GAAAGAUCGAAAACAUCCAGUCACUGCCCGAGAGUCUUUGUCUUUCGCUCAAGCCUCAGAUUUCCUGCACCAGAGCGCUACAAUGGCCGGCAAGAAGGCUCAGAAAUCCACUCCCACCAAGAUGUCUAAGGACAAGAAGACGGCUCCUGCCCCUCCUGCGCCCCUCGUCGCCGCAAUUUCCUCCUUUUUGUCCGAGAAUGGACUGUCGAAGACCCACGAGGCUCUGGCCAAAGAGUUGAGCAGCAAGUCCAUCAGUGCCGAUACCAAGAACGUGCCUUCUUUGUUGGAGCUUUUCAAGACCUGGGAGCAGUCCCAGUCUUCCAAGUCCGACAGCUCGGAUGAGUCUAGCUCCUCUUCUUCAGACAGCGACAGCAGCUCGGACGACUCCAGUGAUUCCGAUGUUGAGAUGGAUGAUGCCCCGAAGACGCAGAAGAAGCAGUCCAGAAGCUCUUCACCCUCUUCUUCUUCUUCUUCUUCUUCUUCUUCCUCGUCCGAUUCCGACAGCGAUGCGGAUGACGAGAAGGAGGAAGGGGUUGCUGCUGCCCCUGCCUCCAAGUCCCAAGGCACCAAGCGCAAGGCCGAAUCUAGCUCUUCCGAAUCCGAGUCUGAGUCCGAGGCGGAGGAGGCUCCCAAGUCCAAGAAGACCAAGCUCUCUUCUGCUGAGGCCUCAUCCUCCUCCGAUUCCGAGUCUGAUUCUUCUGACUCAUCUUCUUCCGAGUCUGAGUCGUCAUCUUCCAGCGAAGACGAAAGUUCUUCCGAGUCGAGCUCCGAGUCUGAAUCCGAGUCCGACUCUGAUUCCUCCAGUGAUGAGGAGGAGACGGCCAAGCCUGAAAUGAAGAAGAAGACCACCUCGGCCUCUAGCUCUUCUUCCUCCGAUUCUGAAUCCUCUUCCGAAGAAGAGAGCGGGAAAGCCACUCCUAACUCCGAGAGUAGCGAGACCGUCGAGAACUCCGAAUCUGACUCGAAGAAGGCGGCACCCGUUGCUAAAGUGAGCCAGACUCCCUCUGCCAGCGCCAGCCCUGCCCCUGGCAACGACUAUCCUAAGAAAAAGCACACCGGUGCCCGCCCCACGCCCUUGGCUCUCCUUAGCGAGCAGCCUUACGACCACCACCCGUCUAACGAGUACAUCCCCUACGCGUACGCCGAGAAGGCCUGGGCGGAUCUGUCCGUCACCCGCGGCAAGGGUUUCACGAAGGAGAAGAACAAGAAGAAGCGUGGAUCUUACCGUGGCGGUCCCAUUGACAUCUCUGGCGGCAAGUCAUUCAAGUUCGAUGACUAGACGAUGCGUUUCAGUCGUCAAGUCCCCCAUUCUGUUCGCUUUUUUUCCGCCAUCGAUUUGGUCGAGGGGUUUUAUGAUCAACUUGGUCUAGCUUUCCAUGUGCACUGGCCUACAUCGCAGAAUCUGCUGGACUUGGUCAACGUCAACCGAUCCCAGGGAGAAAAAAAGCCAUUCUUUGUCACAUUAUUAGAUAAUCAGAUCUAGAUGCUUUUUUUUUUUAGAUCAUGGGGUCCCUCAAAACUGUUUGCUUCUUGCAGCAAGGCGCUAAUGGAGCCGGGUCGGAAUUUUGCUUUUUUCUUAUUGCUUUUUUCUCAAUCAACGUCAUUUCUGAUUGCCUUUUUCCCCCCC